CCCAGAAACACAACUAUCCUAAUGGAUCCCUUAUCAAUAAGUGCUGGCGUUGCAGGCUUCACCUCCCUAGGUCUCACAGUAUCAAACGGGCUCAUCCAGUACUGUAAAAAGUACCGAUCUCGAGAUUCAGAUCUUUCUCAACUGAAACACCAUGCUGAACAACUCGAAACGUUCAUCGCUCUCAUCCGUACUCGAACAUCUGAACCUAACGGUUCAAGUAAGGAUGUCGAUAACCCGCUGCAAAGAUGUAUAGAUGCCUGCAACGCCUGUCUCCGACAUUUCAAACUGCUGAAUGCGAAGUAUGCCCACCCGAAACCUAGCAAGGACUUCUUACGUAGAUUGAAAUACCCCUUUGACAAAGAGGAGUUCGACAACCUACGAUCUCAACUCAAAGAAUUCUAUGCCAUGUUGCUUGGACAUUUGCAGUUGAUUCACCUUGAUGCCACACAGGAUAUAAGAGGUGUUAUGAUUUCAGAAUUUGCCAAGGUAUCUCUAGCUGUCGAAUCUCUCGGAAGGCAGCUCCAGUCCUCGAUAUCAAGCGCUGAGCAUACGACGAAUGACACGAUACGCAACGGCCUAGAACGGAUGGGUUCUUCAUUUCAACAAGAUCUUCGGGAAACCCGAAACGAUCUGACAAUAUCUGUCGUGGGCCAUAUGCAUUCCCUAUCUGAUCAGCUAAGAGAAGGGCAAGGCAACCAGACUUCAAGUAUCGUGGACCACAUGGAUCAGAGAUUCCACACACUUGAAAAUUUGAUCCAGACAUUAUCGAAGAAUAGCGGAAUCGGUGACAAAAGAAAAGUCGUUAAACCAAACACGUCAUAUUACGACCAAGGGCAUAACUUUACUGGCACAAUGUCUUCAAGGACCCACAAAGAAGACCUCCUCGGUUGCCUUUGCCAAUGUCCGAGGAUUCGACAGAGGGGAGCAUGUGUGCAACACCAAAAAGGCUGCAUGCUCUCAUUUAGUAACCGUAAGAAGCGGAGUUGGGCUAUGAAAUUUCGAGUGUUCCAACGCGAAGUCACGUCAAUAUGGGAACUUGAAUACUCUCGGAUAGCAUGGGCUCGCGACUUCCGUAUCAACCGUAACCUCACAGUUCGAGCCAUUGUACCAAACAACUCCCCUGCAUUUAAAUUGAUAACUGACAUUUGGGAAGGAGCAUGGACCACUAAAGAGAUGACCACGUACGACCUUGGAACAUCACUCCGAAAAUGUCUAAUCAAACUGCAGGAGCUCUUUCGAGAUGGGCUAGCAUGGCCAACAGAUGUGGAUGUGUUUGGAAGGAACUUGCUAAAUGCAGCUAAUAAGUUUUUCAUUUCUCAACCCUCUGGAUGGCAGAUGGUAGACGAGAAAUAUAUGCUCAUUUUAGAAUUCAUGAUGGCAUUGCUUGAGAUGGGGGUGCCAAUCAAUGAUGUCUCCCACUAUGGUAUUACUGACACCCCGCUUGGCGAGUGUUGUCAUUCGACAAGGCUCUUCACGACUCAUAACCACAUUGGGUCCAUUAUUAUCAGCAAUUUCAUAAAUAGGGACGCUACUCUUAUACGCGUACAUUGGGGAAUUAUCAUCGCCAUCUUGUCUUGUCCAAUUCCUGGGCUAUAUGAACCUCUUGCCUGUACCGAAUUCCUGACUUAUAUCCUUCGCCGCUCAGAAGAUGACGUCGCUCGUCUACUUGAUGCAGACAAUUCUGUGUUAUACGAACGGACCAAGACGGGCCAAACGCCGCUCCAUCUAGCUGCCAAUUGGACCAUGGGCCUCAACAUUCUAUUUGAAUUUGGAGGCCGAGCAAUUCAGUCUAUAAUCAACAUCAAAGACAAAUUCAGGCGCAGCGCUCUUGACUACGCAAUUGAUCUAGGAGACGUUGACUCUGUCUCUAUUCUGACUGAUGCCGGUGCAAGCAUUAACCCAGGAACAUUGUAUCGUUUGGAGAAUGUACCUCAAAGCAAGGAUAUCAAAUCGAUGAUCAUCGCCCACUCUCUCGCCCGACAACGAAGAGAGUUAGUACAACUCGCCUUCCUCAAUCUGCCUUCCAAGAUGAUUGAAGAGUUCGGUUUAAAAGAAGGUGAUGUUGUCGAUAACGAAGCUUUUGAUGUCGCAGAAGCCUUAAGGCAACGAGGCGUUGCACUACCUACUUAUUAUGACUACUUGACCCCUACAUGCAGCUCUAUUUACCAUUGGGAAGGCAUGACAGCUUCUGUAGCCCAAAAUCUUUUCGAUGCCGGGUUUCGCAAGCCAAAUACCAAAGUCUGCGGCUAUGAUCCACUGAUGUUACUAGAUGGUUUCUAUAGUGUUACUAACUGUCUUAUGCUCAUUGAAUGGUUUGAAAGACACGGACUGGAUCUCCAUGAACCAAUCCCCACGGCCGAUUGUGCUCUAGAAAUAGAAAAUGACGGGUUGCACUCUAUAUACCGAACGAUUCACGUUCUAGGAUCACGCCUAGGUUGGAUGAUGGAAGCGAACUAUAUACUACGCUAUGACAUAAAACUCCCACAAUUGGCAAGAUUGCUUGAAGACGACGUUACCGAUCCUUGCCUCUGCUACUGCACGACCAACGGAUGCACAGUAGCAUCGAAAUACUUCAAAGAGCAUCGGAAUUACGAAAAAAACAAAGGUCGGAUAAAUGUUAAACUGAAGUUAGCCGGGCCAGCAGUAUCUGGUCGUGAUGGGCACAGAGUUGCGCUAGAUUUGAUCCGCGCAUUGACAUUUGGAUUUCUUGACAUGACACAUACUUGCUGUUGUGUGAGGACGUUUUUCAGUCUUGAGUCUGCUAUAUGUGGCGGUAAUAUAGUUUACCUUAAGGAUCGGGAAGAAAUCGACGAAAUACGAGAGGAAGAGAGAUAUUUGGCAGAAAUGCUAGAGGCCCUGGUGGAAGAGUUCAGUAUGAAGUUUCAAGAGAUGAACGUACCGCUCGAUCAGUUUGUGGAAGAAUACCUUUGGCCGAGAAUUGUAGAAGUUAUGAAGCAAAAAGAUCAGUUGUCGGUGGAGGAGCUGGAUAGGAUGAGGGAAAUUGGUGUUGUGCUCAAUGAAUCAUAGUUCCUUUGCCUACCUACGUAUCUACCUAGGUAACUAUCCAGACGAAUCAAUUAGAAAAAAC